UUCACACUGUGAACUGUGAUUGUCCAUGUUUCUGCAGGGAGCACGCGUCUGCAGCACAUAUUUAUUUAACAAUUUUAAAAAGAAAGGACACGUGGCGUCAAAAUGCGGUGCAAAAUCUAAAUACGUUAAAAUGGACCCGACAACUUUAACAGCGGGGUAAGGAGGAGAGGAAAAAACGUCUGGCAAGAGUCGAUAUUAAAAACAUGCAGAGGGAGACAAGCUCGGGGCCUUCCAGAGUCAGGAAAAAGACUUCGGAGAGCUGCAGACAGGAGAUGGCUGCAGCCGAUCCUGAUAGCCAGCCUGCAGACUGCAGCCAGUCUGAGGCAGGAGAGAACGGUUUCCUUGAGGACAUGGAAGAGGACAUCAGUCUGAAGAAGCGAAAAGGUGAUAAUCAUGGAGAAAAAGAUCUGCAGACAGGCCAAGAAACUGGUGAAAAGGUCAAAAGGAAGCGAGGGCGCCCACCAGCUGAGAAACUUCCUCCAAAUCCACCUGAACUCACCAGAAUUCUGAACACACUGGUGGAUAUGGUGAUCAACUACAAGGAUGGGUUGGGACGACAGAUCAGUAAAGGCUUUGUGCAGCUUCCCUCUAAGAAGGAAGUACCUGAAUAUUACGAGCUGAUCCGAAAGCCUGUGGACUUCAGAAGGAUCAGAGAGCGUGUACGUAAUCACAAGUACAGAAGUGUUGGGGAUUUGGAAAAGGAUAUUUUUCUCCUGUGUCACAAUGCUCAAACUUAUAACCUGGAGGGAUCUCAGAUCUAUGAAGAUUCGAUCGUCAUUAAAUCUGUUUUUGAGAGUGCGAGACAGAGAAUUGUGACAGACGAGGAACAGAAAGACUCAGUUUGCGCCAGUCACAGUGAUAAUGGCGGUGGAGCUGAAGACCAAUUUGUUCCAUCAGCAGUGAAACCAUUACCAGUACAGAUAAAGAAGAUGGCCAAGGAGGAGAGAAGCAGAAACACCAUGACAAAGAGGCUUCACAGUGAUUUAGACAGUGACGAGGAUCCAGAGGAUAACAUCACAAAGGAUGAGGGUUAACCUGAAGGACCAUUCAUUUUUUCUAUUCUUGCUCAUGUCUAAUCUCUCCCACUUCCCUUUUCAUUUCUUUCUUUUCUUUAAUAAAAAGAAAGGUCAUUAAAAAUAAAGGUGGAAGGACAAUUCAAAGACAGAGGCACUCACCAAACAACUUUUUCUUUCAAAUGACUCAAACCCUUCAAAAACACAUCUUGCUGCACAAAGUGCUUUUCUUUUCAUUAAGCUGGUCUUUUUCCAAUGAUUAUAAUUUACGUUUUAUCUGCUUUAGUCUCUGUGGUUGCUUCUGCAGAUAUUAUGUAAAACAAGACUUUCACUGACUGUUUUUAAUGAGUAUAUUUGAUUGUAUGAAAUGCCUUCAUAUGUCUUUGGAGCAUCGUAUGUACCUGCAUCCUUCAUAGGAGCAGCCUCUGAUGACAGCUGAUGCAUUCAGGGCUACAGCACUGAAGCACACAGGAAAGUCUUUUUAAAAGAAUUUAAGAGCAAUCAACCAUUGUACAUUUGUUUAAAAUCUCUACUUGUGAUUUUAAUGAUAAUGCAUCUUUGAUUAUGAAUUUAAAAAAAAUAGUGGAUGUUUGAUGUCAACGCCACUUAACAGAUACUCGUACUGACAGUAUGCAUUUUGUCUGUUUCUGAUACUUGAUGGAAUCAGUUUUGGUCUUACCAAGGAUACUUAAGUUGAACAUUUAUAUCCCUUGUGCUACAGUAUAUUCACAUAUUGUAUAGUUUGUGUGAGAAGUAACUCUUUUUCUUUUAUUCUCCUAGUUCUUGGGGAGGAUGGAAGACAUCAUUGUUAUGACAAUCCCUUGAAACAUGUAUCACUUGCAAAAUAAAUUUUACCAAAAAGU